AUGAUCCUGACCCUCACAGCCCUGCUUUGUCUUGGGUUGAGUCUGGGCCCCAGGACCCAAGUUCAGGCAGGGACCAUCCCCAAGCCCACCUUCUGGGCAGAGCCAGGGUCUGUGAUCUCCUGGGGAGAUCCUGUGACCAUGUGGUGUCAGGGGAGCCUGGAGACCCAGAAAUACUGUCUGAAUAAAGAGGGAAGUUCACUGCCCAGAGAAAUACAGAGCACACAAGAACCUGGGAACAAGGGCAAGUUCUACAUCUCAUACAUGACAGAUAAAUAUGCAGGAAGAUAUCACUGUUACUAUGGCAGCUCUGGUAGCAAGUCAGACCUGAGUGACACUCUGGAGCUGGUGGUUACAGGAGCCUACAGAAAACCCACUAUCUCAGCUCUGCCCAGCCCUGUCAUAACCUCAGGAGGGAACGUGACACUCCUGUGUCGCACUUCAGGGGUAUUUGGAAAGUUCAUUCUCAUUGAGGAAGGAGAAUACACUCACGCCAGGACCCUGGACUCACAGAGGCAUCCAACUGGGCAGUUCCAGGCGCUGUUCCCUGUGGGCCCCAUGACCCCCAGCCACAGGUGGACAUUCAGAUGCUAUGGCUAUUACAGAAACACACCCCAGGUGUGGUCAGAACCAAGUGACCCCCUGAACAUUCUGAUCAUAGGCGUGCUUUCCAUGAGUCCUGUGAACUCAUUCCAUGGGAGAAUCUACAGGUGCUAUGGCUCAAAUAGCACCUCCUUCUACCUGUUUUCAAACUCCAGUUCUCCCCUGGAGCUGGUGAGGGAGGGGGGCUCCAAGGGACAGUCAGUCAGAAGGGUAUUCAUCUAUGGAGGACAGGGUGCCAACAUGGUCCUUCUCAGGCAUGUCCAUCCCUUCUUCUCUCCUGGGGUCCAGAACAUACCAGAUCCCCCAGGUGACCACAGCUCCCUACUCACAGGGCUCAUCUCUACAGCUGGUUUGGAAAGGUACAUGGAGAUUCUGAUCGGAGUCUCAGUGGCCAUGGUUCUGCUUCUCUUCCUUUUCCUCUUCUUCUUCCUCCGACACCAUCAUCAGCGCAAACAUAAGACAUCAGAUGCUGCCCUGAAGGAAACACAGCCUGAGGAUUGGGUGGAGCUGGAGAGUCGGAGUCCACAUGAUGAAGAUCCCCAGGGAGUGAUGUGUCCCCAGGUGAACCUCUCCAGACUCAGGCGGGGAGUGACCUCUCCCUCUUCAGUCCUGUCAGGAGAAUUCUUGCACAUAAAAGACAGACAAGCAGAAGAGGACAGACGGAGGGACAGUCAGACUGCUGUAUCUGAAGACCCCCAUGAGGUGACCUAUGCCCAGCUGCACAGCUUGACUCUCAGACAGAGGACAACUGAACCAUCUUUGUCCCAGGAAGGUGAUUCUACAGCUGAACCCAGUGUGUAUGCAACUCUGGCCAUCUACUAG